AUGGAGGGCGACUGUCUGAGCUGCAUGAAGUAUCUGAUGUUUGUUUUCAAUUUCUUCGUAUUUCUGGGAGGAGCCUGCCUGCUGGGGGUUGGCAUCUGGGUCCUCGUGGAUCCCACUGGCUUCCGGGAGAUUGUGGCUACCAACCCACUGCUGACCACCGGCGCCUACAUCGUCCUGGCCAUGGGCGGCCUGCUGUUUCUUCUGGGCUUCCUGGGCUGCUGCGGGGCUGUCCGAGAGAACAGGUGUCUGCUGCUAUUUUUUUUCCUGUUUAUCCUGAUCAUCUUCCUGGUAGAGCUCUCAGCAGCCAUCCUGGCCUUCAUCUUCAGGGAACACCUCACCCGCGAGUUCUUCACCAAGGAGCUCACCAAGCACUACCAGGGCAAUAAUGACACGGACGUGUUCUCUGCCACUUGGAAUUCGGUCAUGAUCACAUUUGGCUGCUGUGGGGUCAACGGACCCGAAGACUUCAAGACGGCCUCAGUGUUUCGGCUGCUGACACUGGACAGUGAGGAGGUCCCCAAGGCCUGCUGCAGGAGGGAACCCCAGACUCGGGACGGGAUGCUGUUGAGUAGGGAGGAAUGCCAGCUGGGGAGGAGUCCAUUCAUAAACAAACAGGGCUGUUACACGGUGAUCCUCAACACCUUCGAAACCUACGUCUACCUGGCUGGGGCCUUUGCCAUUGGGGUGCUGGCUAUUGAGCUUUUCCUCAUGAUCUUUGCCAUGUGCCUCUUCCGGGGCAUCCAGUAG